AUGCAGAAUCUGUUUUCAAACGCUCAAAGCGACUUUAGCCUCCCGGCGGAGUCAAUGCUGGACCCGCCACCACCUGAGUAUCAGGAUGGAGAAGCCAUUAGCUUUGUGUUUCUGAUCAGUUUGUCGGUCACAUUUGCCGUGCUGAUGGUCAUGCUGAUCAUCGUGGCGCUGUAUGUGACGUUUUGCGCAGCAGAUGAGUCUGAAUAUGACGAAGAAGUGGCAUCAGCGAUGCCCAAUAUUUUCCGCAAAAAACGUAGUGGCGUUUUGUUAGACGGUUCGUUUCUUACACCGGGUCAUUUCGACGAUUCCCAAGCACUUUUGGAACAAGAAGCCAUAGAGUUACCCCGGAUGUCUAAAUUUGAGGUCGAAUUGUAUCGUCGCUCCCAAGAAUUUCAAAAAAUGUGUCCUCCCAAUAUCAAAGAGUUCGGUACCUACAUGGACGCUACCGACAAACAAAUCAUCAAGGACCGCGGAAUUCAAAGCUAUUACUUACUUCCCUCGAUUAACGACAACGUGGACCAGUAUGGUAAUUUUCUGCCCAGUUUUAUCGUGCAAGACAAACUCGACCUUUUGUUCACCAAAUAUAACAAAAGCGCCUCCACCAUCAUGAAUUAUCCACUUCCGCACAACAAGAAGGAAGCUGUAUAUUUUGAAGUUAAGGUUUUCAAGUUCCCACGUACACCAAAUUCCAUUUUCAGCUGUGGCCUUACAACGUGUCCGUACCCUUAUUUCCGCAUGCCUGGGAUGGCUCAGUUCUCCAUAGCUUAUGAAUCUACGGGCAAACUGCGAAUGAAUAACCCAUUUUAUGCCAAUACUUUGCUCCCCAAAUUGCAGGAGGGAGACGUUAUUGGGUUUGGGUAUCGCUACAGAAACGGUGCUAUUUUCAUCACCCACAAUGGUAAAAAACUCAUGGAUCUAGCUCACAACGUGGGUAUAGAUCUGUUUGUGGGUAUUGGUGCUAUGAAUGCAGCCUACACAAGAAGUUACAGCCGCGAAGGAUUGCUGGAAGACUGCGAUAACAUUUCGCUGCGGGAAAGGAUUUUGGCAAGUGAUCUGGACAUAAAGGCACCACGGGUGAUCAGCGAGCAACUAGAAACUGUGCAUGAUCCCUCGGAGUCCGAUCUGGUAUCGGAUGAAAUCGAAUUGCAUGUCAACCUGGGUCAACUCGGUUUCGUGUACGUAGAGGCCAAUGUGAAGAAGUAUGCAUUUGGAAGUGUUUUUGGGGAUAUUGGUGUGCCUCCAGCCUACAAUGGUUCAGAAAUAAAGAAAGAUGUGGUUUUGCAAAAGGGCGAUGAACUUCCGCCCAAAUAUCCUAGUGAAGAGCUAGUGCCCAUCAGAAGCGGUUCAAUCACAUUACAGGAAGGCGAACCCAGUUCGUUGGACCCUGCAGGAUACGAGCAGGACUCGUCAAGUUUCGACCGUGUUCACAACGGGAGUCAGGAGCCCAAACCCAAGCCCAGCAAGAAACGAGGUCGCAAGAAGCGUGGGAAACGCAACUCCAAACGGUCCAACUGGUAG